AUGUCGUACUCCAAUGGUGGCGGCGGCACUCUGACGCUACCUUCUCCCACGCAUGUCCACCAUGUUGAUGUCACUUCCGCGGUGAGAUCUCUUCGACGUUCGCUCUCGCGAUCACCCUCCAAAUUCAACUUGGUCAAGAAGUCACCAAGCUCAUCUCCGAAAUCACCACUUUCGCCAUCUCCAAAAUCACCACCUAAACGCGCCUCAUCUAACCCUACCAUAUUCACCGGCUUUAGCAAUCCUCCUCAUACGCCAUCUCCACUAGCCGUACCAUUUCCACCUAGUGCGAAACUCGCGCUGCGCUCAUCCGGGCGCUCCAAGACUGCUCCCAUCCGACCUGCUUCUCGCCGGACGUCUCCCAAGAGCCCCAUGAAGCGCGCUCUGAACCAAGGCCCCGAUACUGGCAACACAGCCCCUCCAGUCUUAACAACCUGGACCGCUGGCGGCCAGGAGAACAGUAGAAGCCCCAUCGAAGGAAAGGGCUUCGAACGCAGUAAUAGAAUGUCAUUGAAUCUGGAUUCAACGGGACCCAUUAACCAUGCAUUAUCGCGACUAGGUGGUGAGGGAUGCAGCGAUAACCCAGGACUUUCAACUUCGAGCCCCCUCAAAAGGAGUGAUGCCAUUAUGAACCUCGACCAGGCAAGCUUAGGUAGCCCUGUUGCGAAGAGGAGGAGUCUGCACGGGUCAGCCAAUUUUGGUCACGAUUUCAAUGUCUUUGAUCAUGGGCCACCUGUUACAUCUACACCACAAUUCGAGAUUCAUGACGAUUCAACUCCUGAAUAUGAGCUUUCGACGGCAUCGAUCACAACUGACAGUGCAUCCGCAUUUACCUCCAUGCCGCGACGAUCAUCCUCUUUGCGCAAAUCCACCUUACAGCAGCGCCAUGGAGAAAAGACGUCCUGGGGCAGAAGGCAUGCCGCGCAGGUCCUAGCAGCUCAACAAGCAGCAGCUGCUGCUGCUGCCGCCUCAAAUACUUCAAAAGCAUCCCCAGAAAUGUCUACACCGGCCCCAGUAAAGAACCGACCACGUCUGUCAUUAGACCAGUUUAUGCCUCCAAUGCCGCGGGAUAGUCCAUUCUCAUCGCAAGGUAACCUGCCGUCGGCUUCAAUGCAUAUGGUAAACCCACCAACUCACCAACCACAUCCUCUCUCACGAACCAUGACCACCUCGUCUUCCAACUCCAGUCUGCUUGACGAGUCACCUACACACGUCCCAGUCAACUUUGGCGAGCAACCUAGACCCAAACUGGAUUUCUCAAAAUCCCUGCCGGCAGGUUCCUUGAGACCGUUCAAUUUCGACGUUUCUUCGGGGCAUGAUGAUUCAGAAACAUUUUCUACCCCUCAGAAUUAUAAAUCGGCAAAGCCACUUCCAGCUGCCUUCAUGUCCACUGGCCUGAUUUCCAAGGUGAACCGUCAUCCUGAGGACGAGCCCAAGAUCUCUCGGGGAGGCAAAGGAAACAUGCCAGAUACUCCAUGUAAAAAGCACAACAACAUCUUUGCCACGUAUCCUCAAAAUCUGUCCGGCAGCGCUAUUGCAAAGGCGCGACACAUCAGACACUCCUUCGGCAACCCGUCUACCCCGUUCAACCCGCAUGGUUCUGGAAGUGCGAGUGCUUUUGGCAGUGGUAAUGGUGUUUUCGGUGGUGGCUUCAAGGGGCUCACUAGACGUGGAAGCUUUCUCAGUGUCGAUGGCGAUGAAGACGGAUCACCUGACGCCAAAUUGGAUAGUCAAGGCUCUGAUUUCGAGCUGCCACCGACUCCUACCAAGCAGACUCUUUCCGGGUCUACACCUUACAGCAAUAAUGGCAGUCCAAGUAAUCACCGCCGCUUAUCGGCUUCCAUGUCUACCGUGGGAUAUGGUCUCUCCAAAAAACUAACCAGAACAAGCAGUAAGUUAAUUCUUUCAGCCAGUCCGAUUCAGCAAGAUGCAGAGGACAGUGAUGCGUCGAUGGACAUGAACGAUUCUCCGACACCAGCGUAUGCAGAUUUCAACGCGAACGAUUUCAUGUCCACGCCAUCAUUUAGAAACUCGCGAAUGCAUAAAAGAAAUUCAACGUUGCACUCUCCAACGCCGUUGAAGAUGACGAAAUCUCUUACUGUCUCAUGUCUCACCCCAUCUAGAAAGCCCGGUUUUGCUAAACUUAGUCACGUUGCUCCAGCGAGUCCGCUGGGACGUAUAGAUUUCCUCGAGCGAUUAUCACCUCGCACUCCUAUCGAUGGGAUAUUGCCACCUGAUCCAAGUGGUUUAUCUAUCUCGAACUCUCGAAGUUACGAUGCUUCCACCUCCGCUAACCGGUCUUCGAUGCCUCCUCCUGCUACCCCCACCGCGGGUCGUGGCUACUUUCCGCAAAUCGGUGCUAGACGUCUCAGCAUGACACCCGUUAGCAAGUUCCCGGCCGCUGAUGUCGAUGAAUCAAUUGCAACCCGAUUUGAAAAGGUUGAAUUGGUCGGAAGUGGAGAGUUCUCGCACGUCUAUCGUGUAGUUCAAACUGCUCCAUUGACCGCAGCAUUCGCCCAGCCAUUUUUCUUCGGCGGUUCUGGUUCACCUUCGCAAAGCCGAACUCCUCCUACGCCAAUGUCUGAACGUGUCUUUGCGGUGAAGAAGGCUCGACAACCUUAUCUAGGUAACCGAGAUCGACAAAAGAAGUUACAAGAGGUCGAGGUGCUCAAGGCGCUUGGUCAAUCUGAUCAUGUAGUGCGCUUCAUUGAUAGCUGGGAAGACAAGAGCUACCUCUAUAUCCAAACCGAAUUUUGUGAAGAGGGCAGUCUUGACGUAUUUAUCAGCCAGUUGGGCCGUAAAGGAAGGUUGGAUGAUUUCCGCAUCUGGAAAGUCAUGCUUGAGAUCAGCCAAGGAUUGCGAUAUAUUCAUGAUUCUGGUUUUAUUCAUUUGGACAUAAAGCCUGCGAACAUCUUGAUUACCUUCGAAGGUGUUCUUAAAAUUGGAGAUUUUGGCAUGGCAACCUCUUGGCCUGCUCAGCCGGGUAUUGAAGGAGAAGGUGACCGCGAGUACAUUGGACCUGAGAUUCUCAGAGGACAAUUCGACAAACCUGCCGACAUCUUUGCUUUGGGUCUGAUGCUUGUCGAGAUUGCUGCUAAUGUUCAACUGCCCGACAAUGGUGUCAUUUGGCAACGUCUUCGCUCUGGCGACAUGAGCGACAUUCCAAGCCUUACUUUCAGCAGUGUCACUGGCAAUCUUCGAGAUGCUACCGGAGUCCCUGUUCAAGAUGAAAGUGACAUCACCAUGGAUUCUUACACCAGCGACGAUGAUAUCGAGGUUGACUUUGGGUCCCCCAGCAUGGCAUGCAAGAAAAGAAGCUUUGUUACCUCCAGCAAGUCACUCUCACACGACCCUGGAAACCUAUUUGGAUCUGGACGACGAGGUGAACUCCACGAAGCCCCAGACUUCAUGAUGAAUCGAUUCAACGAGCACUCUCUCGACAACAUCGUGCAGGGGAUGAUUUCGGAAAAUCCUCAAGAUCGGCCAACAGCCCAGCAAAUCUUGGAUUGCCUUGGUGUGCAAUGGGUUGAUUCCCGCCGUCGUGCUGGUGCAACCGUAUUUGAAGGCAAUUGGGGACCAGCUGAUGAGGUGCUGGCGGAUGAUGCGGAAAUGAUGGAUGUUUGA